GAUAAGAGGCUAAUAAUAAAAACGAAAAUUUAAGAGAGAUUGAGAGGUAGAAGGGCGAGAUUGUCCCUGACCCCUAAUCAGAGUCUGUGACCUCCGGCAACCUCCCCUGCCGGAAUAACUCUCUCUUCCGGAGCCUGUCGCUUCCGGCAUUCCUGUCUUUUAUCAUAUCCUCUUCAUCGGUUGUAGGACUCGGCAGAAAUGGCGAACAUCAGAAGUCCAUUCAAGGGAAUAAUCCAAGAUGUCAAAGGAAGAGCAGCAUGCUACAAGGAAGAUUGGAUUGAAGGACUUUGUUCCGGUGUCAGUCUUCUCCAUGCAUUGCAGGAUAUUGGCUCCAACUUUCUACAUUUUUUUUGCCUCCGCACUUCCGGUCAUUGCCUUUGGGGAGCAAUUGAGUAGGGAUACAGAUGGAACCCUAAGCACAGUGGAGACAUUGGCUUCUACUGCUUUAUGCGGUAUCAUCCAAUCACUAUUCGGCGGGCAGCCUUUGCUGGUCUUAGGAGUUGCAGAACCAACCGUCAUAAUGUAUAACUAUCUGUACACCUUCAGUAAAGGACGGCCGGAGUUGGGGACCAAGCUCUUUCUAGCUUGGACUGGUUGGGUUUGUGUCUGGACAGCAUUAUUGCUGAUUCUUCUGGCCAUUUUCAAUGCAUGUACCAUCGUUACUAGAUUUACUAGGAUUGCCGGGGAACUUUUCGGGAUGUUGAUCUCCGUUCUUUUUAUCCAAGAGGCCAUCAAGGGAGUGAUUUCUGAGUUCAGUAUUCCGAAAGGUGAAGAUCCAAAGCUGGAGGAGUUUCAAUUCCAAUGGCUCUAUGCCAACGGGUUGCUAGCAGUGAUUUUCUGCUUCGGUCUGACUUUCACUGCCCUUAAGAGCAGAAAAGCGAGGUCAUGGUGGUAUGGCUCAGGGUGGCUCCGAAGUUUUAUUGCAGAUUAUGGGGUUCCUCUUAUGGUCUUGGUGUGGACAGCACUGUCUUAUGCUUUACCUGGUAAAGUUCCACAUGGAGUUCCCAGGAGGCUUGUUUGUCCGUUUCCCUGGGACUCUAAAUCACUCUACCAUUGGACAGUCGUCAAGGAUAUGCCAAAUGUCCCUGUCAUGUAUAUUUUCGCUGCCUUCAUACCGGCUGUGAUGAUAGCAGGUCUAUACUUUUUUGAUCACAGUGUAGCUUCACAGCUUGCACAACAGAAGGAGUUUAAUCUUCAGAAACCAUCUGCAUACCACUAUGACAUGUUUCUCUUGGGAGUAACAACAUUGGUUUGUGGGUUGCUUGGACUUCCUCCUUCAAAUGGGGUUCUUCCGCAGUCCCCCAUGCACACUAAGAGUCUUGCUGUUCUAAGGCGUCAGGUGAUCCGAAAGAAGAUGGUAAAGAGUGCCAAGGAAUGCAUGAAACUAAAUGCAACCAACUCUGAGAUGUUUGGAAGGAUGGAAGCUGUGUUCAUAGAAAUGGACAGGGGAUCUCCUCCAAAUGUAAGUGCUCAAAGCUUUCCUCCGUCAUUUGUUCUAUUCCAUUGUCAAAUCAUAGUUUUUCUAUCCUUGCAGUCCAAGGAGUUGGAGAACUUAAGGGAGGCUGUGAUGAAAUCUGAUGAUGGAGGAGAUUUGAAGGGCAAAUUUGAUCCAGAGAAACACAUUGAUGCUCAUUUGCCUGUUCGGGUUAAUGAGCAAAGAGUGAGUAACCUGCUGCAGUCACUCCUUGUGGGAGGCUCAGUAUUCGCAAUCUUCGUAAUAAAAAAGAUUCCUACCUCAGUUCUUUGGGGAUACUUUGCCUACAUGGCGAUUGAUAGUCUCCCAGGUAAUCAGUUCUGGGAGAGGCUCUUGCUACUCUUCAUCAGCCCUAAACGACGUUACAAGGUUUUGGAAGCUUCUCAUGCUUCGUUCGUGGAGUUAGUACCGUUCAAGUACAUAGUUGCAUUUACACUCUUCCAACUCGUAUACUUCCUGAUAUGUUUCGGGGUGACAUGGAUACCUAUAGCCGGAAUAUUGUUCCCACUGCCAUUCUUCCUUCUCAUCAGCAUAAGGGAACAUCUGCUACCUAAGUUCUUUCAUCCUGCCCAUCUUCAAGAACUCGAUUCUUGUGAGUGGGAAGAAGUUUCCGGUGCUCCACAUGAAAAAGUACCACCCGAACCUGGAAACGAUGAUGGUACAGAUGAUUUCUAUGAUGCUGAGAUAUUGGAUGAGAUGACAACAAGCAGAGGAGAGUUGAAGCUCAGAACCAGCUUCAGUAGUGAAGAAAGGUUUUCACAUGUGCACCCCGAAGAUGUUGCCCGAAUUUGACGAAACAGUCUAUUACGAUCAGAGUAUGGAUAGAUUGACACCUGAGCUUGUCCUUAUCAUGAUCUGAUUGAUGUCCUCAGCAGAGGAUUGUUAAAUUACAGAAAAGAGGACUAAGGAUUAUGCCUAGCUUGGAAAACAAGUAAUAUAUAGAGAAAAUCAUGUGCGGAUUCCGCGAUGUUUUUUGGGCAAUUAAGGGACAAAGGGUAGGGAAGAGGAGGGGGAUAUGUAAAAGUUAACUGGAAGAGUUGAGGGGGAUUCAGGAGCAGUUGUAACUCUUGUAAAAUUUCACCGAGGAAUGUAAUUUUUUCCCUUUUUCUUUUA